UUCUUUUCCAAAAGAAUACGCAUCAAUUGAAAAAGUUUGGGAUCAAUUGUUUUUUUCUGUUGCCCACGCGGUUGACAUGUUUAUUAUAGAGUAGUACUUGGAAUUCCUCUCAUAGAAAAUCGAACAACAAUCGUUUUAACCAAACAUUCACAUUUGCAUACCAAUUAAUCGUGGGUGGUUUUGAAACUGAAUUGUUUAUAGGUUGAUUCAUUGAGUAUAUAAGCCAGCUUGCAACUUUAAAAACUUUGCAGAUAGUACGUUCCCCAGCCACCCGCAAAUAAUUAUUGAUAAAACUUUGAAAGUGUCAGCUACUCAAGGUUAACUGAUAUAAAUGAGCACUAAUUUUUUCGACAGAGGACACCGAAAUUAGCUUAAUCUAAUCGUUAGAAGAACAGAGAAAUGAGAUACCUAUUUUAGCAGCUGGUGCUUGAGGAGCGCGUCUCCCCACGGCAUCAUUUAUUCAAACAAAGUUAGUAUAGGUACGCAAUAUCAAAGAGAGCGGCAUACGUUUACUUUACAUAUGAUCGUUAUCUCUGUACAUCAUCCAUCAAAUGUGCCUCUCCCAUGGGCCAGCUCUCACUAGUUGUGUACGUGUCCAAAGAUAUAACCAUAGCACAGAGCAAGAAUAACCGGAAAAAUAAAAUUUGUAUCAGUUUCUUUUUAUGUCCUUCGUGUUCCGAAGCAUGACACGAAGACAUUCGGCUUUAUGGAUUUAGGUUUCUUCUCUCUUUCUCUCUCUGUAAGUUGUUUAUUAGUUGAUACGAAAUGGUGAAUUGUAAUUAUUCAUAUCACAACAUCGUGAAAAUCAAUAUGUGUUGGAAAAUCCACCAUCACGCCAGGUGAUGCUACAGAUCUUCGACCGUUUUGUGCAAGAAUUGCUCGCAGCGCUUCAACCAAGAUUGGCACCGCGUUAUCGUCUGCCUACUUCAUUCUUUCCAUUUGAAAAAUUCUGGGAUCUUACAGUCUUCUGCUAUUGAUUCCGCCAUAUAUAUUUCUAUUAAGAUGCUGUAUACCUUGUUCCUUGAUGAACAAUUGUAGUUGCUGUCUAAUCGAUAGCUAUUGUUUUGUAUGGCACAUGCCAAAAGAACACAAGUAUCGAAAAAUUUAUAAUAGAAACUAUCGAUUCUGUCCUUCCGUAUAACAGUUAUGUUUUCUGUUAAAGAUUUACUGACUCAUUUAAUAUUUUUCUUACAUUUCUGUCAAAUGAAAUGGGUGUAAAGAAUCUCGGUCUUUCAUCUUUGAUUACUACGACCGCGGGUUGGAAGAUUAGGGGAUUAUCCGGUGCACUUAUAAAUAGAUUUUAUAACUGUAAAACUUUUUCAUGAUUCAUAAAAUUGCCAUGACUAAUUUUCAUAUAAACACAUCCACGCAUAACGCCUUAGUUAGACACUCCAAUCGCCUACUCGCCAUCGCCCGAUGAAUAAAUGAUAAACAAAUAUUAAUUGCUAAGGAGAUUUCCAAUAGAAAUGGUAUCUAAAAUUUGUAUGACAGCUCAGAAUACUGGUGACAACGUAGUCGUUUAAACUCGGUCCGUGUCUUUUGUUGAAAGAUUACCUAUGCUCUGCCGUUAUGUAUAUAAACCUGUUACGGUUAUGCACAUAACGGCACAAUGCCAUGGAAUAUGUAGAACGAAGCUGAUUAAAAUGCGUAUUGAAAUCGAAAUUUCUAUCCCGUUGCUCAUAACGCCUGAAUCAACGCUUAUGUUUACAUUAGUACACUUUAUGCAUAAUGCAUAUUUGAAAUCGUCCCUUCAACAUAAAGCGUAUUGUUUGAGGAAAGGGCAGGCUGUUAAGGAUCUUUAAAAUUUCAGCGCUGGGAAACAGAUGCUAUUAUAUCGGUAUCCUAUCUGGCGCACUUGUGAGUAAAUCGAUGAUGAGCCCCGAGUUUGAUCUUGCGUAAAGAAGGGACAUCGAUGGUAUUAGAAAAGGCCUCGCAUUCUGGAGCUUACUCUGCUGUGUUUUAACGCUGAUAUCGAAGCCUUUCAGAGCGCAAACAAUGCUAUUGAAAAUCAAACACAAUAAGAGCUAUUAUUGGUGUUUGCCAAGCCCAAAGCUUUUCACUGGGGAUCCAUUGGCAGUGUGAGAACAGCAGCGAACCGACGGUCCACAACUCUUGACGCUAGGAAACUCCCUGUUCAAGAAGAAGGAAAUUUAGAUCUUUUCGCGUUCCUUAACAAGCAAAUGGAUGGCUCGCAAUCGCGGUCGUGCUGACGCUGCUGCUGGACAUAACCGACCGAAAGUCCGGAAUCUCGUUAAUCUUCACAAAGAGCGACACAAACCACACGAAAAUGCAUCUGAGGCGCAUGCUGCGGGAGUCGCUGGUCUAGCUCUCGGAUUCGGAAUGUCUGGAUUUCUGGACGUCCUAGGCAAAGUUGGCAAGGGACUUCGAAGUGAUGAUGAUUUCUUCGACAGACUGAGCCAUCGCUACACAGCCAUUAUUUUCAUUGUUUUUGCCCUUGUGGUCAGCACAAAACAAUAUGUCGGCGACCCGAUUACGUGCUGGACACCAACUCACUUUACUGAUGCUCAUGAAGAUUAUACCAAUAACUAUUGCUGGAUAAAAAAUACGUACUAUACUGCAUUUGAUGAGCGGAUCCCGGAGAAAUGGGAACCGCAUGAGCACAUUGGGUACUACCAAUGGGUGCCCAUUGUGCUGAUGGUACAGGCACUCAUGUUUUACAUACCCUGUAUAGUAUGGAGACUUUUGAAUGGAAGGACGGGGGUGGAUAUGAACACCAUCGUGAAAUCAUUAAGUGGAAAUGAAAGUUUAAACCCAGAUGCGCGAGAGGGGACGAUCCGGUACCUUGUGCGCCAUUUAGAUAGAUACUUUGAUCACCAGAGGGACCUAAGCAAGGGCUGCUUUGCCAACUGCAAGCAGCUAAUCUCAAAACAUUGUAUAUGUCUUUUUUGUGGAAGGCGAUAUGGUAACUACCUUAUAGCAUUAUACCUUAUUAUCAAAGUUAUCUAUUUGGCCAAUGUAAUUGGUCAGUUGUUCCUCCUCAAUGCAUUCCUUGGGACCAAUUACCACAUCUACGGCUUCGAAGUUAUAGGUGACCUGAUGAACAAAAGAAGUUGGAAAGAGUCGGGUCAGUUCCCGAGAGUUACCCUGUGUGACUUUGAAAUCCGUUUCCUUGGAGGAGUCAGCAACAUUCACCGCCACACCGUCCAGUGUGUGCUCCCCAUUAACCUUUUUAAUGAGAAAAUCUACAUUUUCAUCUGGUUCUGGUUGGUCUUUGUAUCCGCUGCCACCGUGUUCGGGUUCCUAACCUGGCUUAGCAUGCUAUUCCAACGGGAGAGGAGACAUUACAUCCGUAAAUAUCUCAAACUAAUGGAGCGAAUCGAGUCAAACUGUGAUACCAAAAUGACCCACGCCUUCAUUGAAAAAUACCUGCGUCAAGAUGGGGUGUUUAUAUUAAAACUUUUAGGUAGGAAUACAAACGAUGUUGUAGUGGCUGAAAUGAUUGACGCUUUGUGGGAGUACUUUACAGAACAAAAGCGAAACAUUCAUCCUGGAAAUGGAACAGAGAUCGAUGUUUGAUACACAUCUAAAAUGUAAAUAAGGGGCCCUGAUCUUUUGACAUGAAGACUUUCGCACAAGCGUAUGAUCUCAGCAAGAAAGCAUUACCAUUUUGCAAAGCCCUCGCUGCACUUGUGGAAUGGCCAAAACAUCAAUGCACGUUACGUCGUUUUUAUUCGUCUUCCAAGGCCUCUAGCAAAGUUCACCCUCUCCAUAGGAAUUUCGGUACUCAGUAUUGAUAUGUCACAUACGAAAUCAUGAGUGGCCAAAUAUUUUAAUACAGCGGGCCGUUGAAUGACGUUAAAAUGGCGGCCAUAUUUAGACAAGGGUUUAUUUGAGAACCAGAGCAAACAUCAGGUUAUUUGUCGCCGCCAGGAAAAUCAAUGCUGAAGGUGUAUGAUCAUAGUGGUGUGAACAAGAAAGGUACCUUCACUCACACACUGGGGCUGUGGCCUAACAAUAACUUGGUGCCAUUGACGAUCUAAAAUGUCAUGUUUUUGUGACAUUGAUGUAUGAAAAAUAAAGCCUAUAUGUAGAUAGAUAUAUCGAAUAACAUUAUUCACACGUAAGCGUAAGUGUUAUGCAACAAUUUUAAAUAAUUUUUAAGCAGAGUAGAUGGUGCGAAUCACGUACUCAUGUUCUUAAUGUAAAUUCCUUAGGUACAUUUUUUGUUUGUUUGUUAACUUUUUUCUGUGAUAUAAAUGAUGCAAUUUAGACAUCUAUGGAAGGAAUUUAGACACAGAGAAUUGGAAUUUUGUUUUCACCUUGUAUUUUAGUCUUUUGUUAACCAAUUCACUUUUUUGUAUUAACCCUAUAAAAUGUUGUUUUUGUCGUCACCUUUAUUUAUACAUAGAGAUAUUUACUUUGUUCUCCUCGUGUACAAUUGAGGUACAGGUGUGUUAUCUAAUUUAUUUAUGAUUUUUACUCAAGUAUGCAUUAGUGAAUUAAAUAUGUAUCCAUUGAUUAUCACGGUGUACUGGUACUUUGCAAGUAAAGUUACAGGUUAACGAUUUUACUUCGACUCCACAAUAAUUACUCUGUAUGCUGUUUCCCCUUUAUCUUGAGUUUGUUUAAUUACUGGCCUUUGUGUCUUAACUUCGUGUUCUUCAACCUCACAAGAUUGUCCCCAGGCCAAAUACAGAAAUAUUUACAAUAAGUAUAGAAACGCAAGUAUGACUUUUGCCAGUUGUCUACUGAUUGCAUUAGUUUGUUUCGUGUUGGGAAUCCCGAAGGACAGUAGGUACUGGAAGUUGAGCAAGUCAGGUGGAAAGGUGUGGGAACUAAAUUAGGAAUUGUUCAAAUGCCCUGGCUGGCGCUAUCGACAGAAGAAGAAGCAAGAAUUUGUUCAGGAGAUUGGAGAAGAGAGGGGGAAACUCAAUGAAAAUUUACAAUGAUUUGAAGAAAAGUAACAAAAGAAAAUAAAUUACGACAAGAAUAGAAUGGAAGACAUUUAAACUCAGAAAUAUUUGAAAGAAAAGAAGAAAUGUAAUUAAACAUACAGUGAGGCGAAGCGAUAAAAGUAAAAACGAAAAGGAUGAAUUAUAUCAGAAAUGAAUUUGGAAUACAUUUGGGGGGGGGGGGGAAUUAAAACCGUUAUUAUUAAUUAAACCGCAAAAUAUCAUUUCAAUUUUGAGCACAUUAAUCUAUGCCACUAGUCAUCAUCUGCUUGUGAUCUCUGACGAGGAUGGCCUGAUGGGCAAAUUAAUGGUUUGUAAAUGAUCGCUCCCAUCGAUCAGUGAUGAGAAGAGAGUCGGGUGUGUCCCUAAUUGAUACUAGUACAGUUAUCUCAUUAAGUGACGUCAAACUUGUAGUACGGGCUCUCGACUAUGCCAAAUUAAAGAAAACAGUGGUAUCUUGUAACAGGAACCAGUAGCAAUUGCUAAUCAGAUAAACACUCCGAGCGUAAGUUUCUCACUUAAGCAAAAUUCCCUUGAAUAUUGAACAAAAAAUGUAAGCUACUUAGGCAUGUUAUUCCCUUGACUGAAAUAUCUAUUUAUGUCUGAAUACAUGAGGGUAAUGCGAAAAUUGUUUUGACUCUUCGGGGACGAUUAAAACUAACAUGUGCUAAGCAUUGUACUUUGCGUGCAAAAAGCAACUUUCUUUACAGGUAUUUUUAUUAGUAGUACGUUCAGGAUACAGUGUGCACGGUAGUAUAGUUACUUAUACACUUGAUUUUUUAUGAAAGAAUAUUAUGACAUUCAAGUUCAUGAUGUUUGCGUGUACAAGUGUGAUACCUGGUUAAAGUAGGCGGUAAGAUAGUGUUAAAAUUAUUAUUUCUCUUAUAUUCAAAACACAAAAUUCACCUAUAUAAUUAUAUAUUAUAUACGUGUUGAUAAAGUAUCUAGUGUUAAGAACCUGUAUUAUUAAUUAAUUAUUGUAUUGUAGUUUGAAUCUCAUACAACAACUUUAAAAACUGUGCUAUGUAAAAGUUCCAAACGCUGAGAUUAUAUACAUUAUAUAUGUCUGGUGAAGCACAAUCGUUCAGUACUGUUUGAAAACUACUGAUUCACUUGAGUCAUAUCUGUGAAUAAUGUGAAGAUUGAGAUUGCUCAAAGAACACAAUUUGCUGAACAAGACAACCUAGGAGAAUAAAAAAGUUUAAAUGAG